AUGGUACAGCUCAUCUGUGCUAUCGUUGGUGAGGCGGGUAGCAUUUUUCAGGUAGAGAUCGACGAUACGGAGUCUGUCUCGGCGUUGAAGGACGCGAUAAAGGCGGAGAAGCCAAAAGAAUUCGAGGGUAUCAACGCAGACAGGUUGAAACUCUUUUUAGCUAAGAAGGUGGGAGGCGCGUGGCUCGAUCGGGCUGGUGCGACUUCUGUGGCGCUUGAUGAACGUGGACAUCUACAAGGCUGUAUGCAAAUGAAACCCACACUGUGUAUCAAAAACCACAUGCACUUUGGCGAUAGUUUUCAACCGAGUGAAGGCCAAGUUCACGUACUGGUGGUAGUGCCGGUGGAUUCUUCAAUCUCUGAAAACAAAAAUAAAUGGAAGAGGAAAAGAAAGGAAGACGAAGAUGUUCCUGACGCCUGGAUAAAGGCUAUCAAAGAUGAGCAGAUUACAGAGCUACCGUCAACUUUUGAUGAUUUGAAAAAGUACCUGCAACGCAGAGUUCGGGUCAAAAUUCCCAUCAAUCACAGAUUAUUCUGGAUUAUUUAUCGAAAAAUACAACUGGAGAACUAUCCAGCGUGGUGGACAAACUUUUUGAGCCCGAACCGCGAAAACGAAAUUCAGAUAUCAGUUUGGGCAUCUUGA